AUGAGCUUCAUUGGAGCUCCUAAAGAGGAAAUCCAACACAAUGUUCUGAUGUUUCACCCCACCACCCUCAUGAGAGCUUUUACUCUGCCAUUAGGCCUCCCACCAACAAAUUCGAAACCACCACCACCACUACUUCCUAAACCGGCAACACCCACCCACUCUACCAUUAAGAGGCUCACUCCUAAACAACUCAAACUCAGGAAAGCACAAGGGUUGUGCUACAACUGUGAUGAAGUCUAUAGACAAGGUCAUAUCUGUAAAAAGCAACAGUUGUUCUGGAUAGUUGGUGAUGAGAGCACUACUGAGUUACCUGUGGAAGAAGAUUUAACUCAGGAAACUGAGAAUGCUACUUCAGAAGAGAGUGAUGUUGAAAUUGUUGUUCAUGCUUUAAAUGGUUCUCAUUGUGGUGAAACAAUAAGAAUCCCUGGGCUUCUUAACAAUCACUCUAUUUCUAUCCUCAUUGACACAGGCAGUACUCACAGUUUUAUUGAUUCAUCUCUAGCUCACCAACUGCAUUGCAAUGGUCAGUCAUUCUCUGCAGAUCUCAGACUGCUCCCUCUUGGUGGUUGUGAUAUGGUGUUGGGCGCUGAUUGGCUCAGACAAAUUGGUAAUGGGCUUUUCAACUUCACUACUUUAAUAGCACCUAUUCCACCUUCCCCAGAAAUUACUGCCUUAUUACAAGAUUUUCAUGAAGUUUUUGAGGAACCAUCCACCCUGCCUCCUCAUAGAAGCCUAGACCAUACUAUACCCCUCAAACCCAACUCCACUCCAUUCAAUCAAAGACCUUAUGAGUGCCCUUAUGUUCAAAAAUCUCUGGAGAUUUUGUGUGUGGAUUAUAGAAGAUUAAAUGAUAUGACCAUAAAAGACAAAUUUCUCAUUCCUAUCAUUGAUAAACUUUUGGUUGAGCUACAUGGUGCUGCAGUUUUCACUAAGAUUGAUCUCAGGUCUGGCUAUCACAAAAUCAGACUCUUUCCUUCGGAUAUUCACAAGACCGCAUUUAGAUCUCAUCAAGAUCACUAUGAAUUUCUAGUCAUGCCAUUUGGCCUCACCAAUGCCCCUGCCACCUUCCAAGCCCUGAUGAAUGAUAUUUUCAAACCAUUUUUGAGGAAAUUUUUGUUGGUCCUCUUUGAUGACAUUCUUGUUUAUAUCCCUGACAUGGAAACUCAUAAGCAACACCUCCAGCAGGUCCUUUCUAUCUUGCAACAACAUCAGCUCCAUGCUAAACUUUCUAAGUGUUAUUUUGCUCAAUCUGAAUUAGAGUAUUUGGGGCACAUCAUCACAGCUCAAGGAGUGGUAGCCGAUCCAAACAAGAUACAGAGCAUGACUUCUUGGCCAAUUCCUAAAUCUAUUAAGGAAUUGAGAGGAUUUCUAGGCCUCACAGGCUAUUAUAGAAAGUUUGUUAAAGGAUAUGGACAUAUCAGCAAACCACUAAGUGAGUUAUUGAAUAAAAAUGCUUUCUUAUGGUCUAAAGCUGCUACUACAGCCUUCAAUCAACUCAAGGUGGACAUGAAAACUACACUUGUCUUGGCACUCCCAGAUUUUUCUAAAAAUUUCAUCUUGGAGACAGAUGCAAGUGAUACUGGUCUAGGUGCAGUAUUUAUGCAAGAGGGGAGACCAAUUGCUUUUCAUAGAAAACCAUUGGGCCCUAAGCUAUGGGACUCUCUACAUAUGAGAAGGAGCUCAUGGCUGUGGGCUGAGCUGUUACCAAAUGGAGACACUACCUCCAAGGACAUCAUUUCACCAUCAAAACUGAUCAUGAGAGUAUCAAAUUCUUUUUGGAGCAGAAGAUCACUACUGGACUACAACAAAAGUGGCUCAUGAAGCUGUUGGGUUUUGACUAUGACAUUAAGUACAAAAAGGGGGGUGACAACAAAGUUGCUGAUGCAUUAUCUAGAAGGGCACACAUUACAGCUACUGUACAAUCCAUCACUAUCUCCAAACCUAUGUGGAUGCAGGAAAUUGCUUCUAGUUAUACUGAUGACCCUAAAGCUCAACAACUCAUUGCUCAACUGCUAGUUUCUCCUUCUACAACUCCAAAUUUCUCCUAUCCCCAAGAGAUUCUUAGAUAUACGUCCAGACUGUACAUUGGUACUGCCAACAAUGUAAGAUCUUCUAUCUUAUCUUCUUUACACUCAUCAUCCAUUGGAGGUCACUCAGGUAUACAGGAUACUUAUAAUAGGGACAAGCUACAUUUCUUUUGGCCUAAAAUGCAGCAGGA